CAUCAGUACGAUGGGAUCAUCUCCAUUCACACACGAAUGGCAGAAGCGUCGUGUGUUUAUUUGCCCCAUAUGAGUCGGAUUUGCCAACACUCCUAUAAACCUGCCAUCUCAUCUUACUCUGCUCAUGGUACCCCGUCGCUAACAUCUCAUCACCAACAUAUCGUCACCACAAUGAAGGAAGAAGCUAUUCAAAUCCAUUCGCAUAUGAUGUCCAUGUUCUCCAAGUUCAAGAAGAAGAUGGUAGCAGAGAAGGACAAGGACAAGGACAGAGAGAAGAGCUCAGUUGCAGCACAGGAAGACACCAUGCCAAAGCCAACGCCAAUGCCACAGCCGACGCAAUGUCAUACCUGCGCUGCCCGGGAGUGCCUACUUGAAACAUCAGCAAUUCCCAUUCCGCCAAAGUCUUCACGCAGAAUUCCUCCACCUCUCAUGAGCUAUUCGCCAGAAGAAGCCCAGCUAAGAAUCGCCGCCGUGAAGAAACGCAAGAGCGAAAUGUCGUUGAGGGCGACAACUCCUCCAAAACGAUUCUAUGCCCAGUCCAACAUCAGUGCCGAGUCUCUCGAGCCCCCAUCUCGACCAUUACUACGAGUGCGGAGCAAUAUGUCCAUGCGUGUCUCUGUUCCCAAGGAGACCGCUCGACAAGAGCCGGCCCGACCCAAAACAUCCUCUGGCGCCUCCACCGGAAGUCGACCGGCCAAUCGAUACAUUGACAACUACUCCUUCUAUGCUCAUAACCAACCUCUUCGCGAGUUUAGUCCCUUCCCACCACAUGCAGCAAGAGCAGUAUCUGCACCACAAGUCGCUAGAGCUAGGACUUCUGACAACAGCGGUACCAGCCGUAAAUCGCCGAGAGCGGCCAGCCUGAAGCGACCCUCACUAUUAGACCUGACCAUGGAAGAGGAGCCCACAGAGUACCGCUCCAGCGAGUCUCAACCGUCACGCUGCUCCGAAGAAACAUCCAAAUCAAUCACCGCUCCAUACCCCCCUUACGAAAAGCUCCCCCGCUUCGCGAAAAUGCGGUCCCUCCCCGCGCUUCGUAUGAAGCGUCCCUCCGGUCUCCCAAACAUCAACACGGAUCUAGCAAGCUUGAAAACCGAGAUAUUAAACAUGAAACCUGAUAUGUCAAGCCUCAAAACUGAAUUUGCUACCUUCAAAACUGACGUAAUCAAUAUUACACCCGACCUGUCAACCCUCAAGACCGAUAUGUCAAACCUCAGAAGCGAAAUAUUAAACAUCAGACCGGACAUUCUGAGUAUCAACACCGAUAUAUCGCCCAGUCACUACAACGCCUACAAAUCACACUACUCUUCUUCGAGCCACACGCCUAGAUCUGUGAGGUCUCCCAAGUCUCCACAGUCGCCGGUUCUUGGGUGGCGGUACGAGGAUUUUGGGUCCGCCCCGCCGGUGCCGAGUCUCUCGACAGGAACUGGAACGGGCAUGUCAAGCCCAUCAGCUCUAUCGUUUUCGGGAAUCAUGACGGCGUCACGGAACGCUUCCAGGAGUGUGUCGCGAAGAGCGUCGCUUUCUUCGUUGUUUUCUAAGAAGAAUGGUAGUGCUGUUUGGGUGCAUUGAAUCGUCGUCCAACUUUUUCUUUUUCCCCUGUUGCUGCCUUCGUUUUGUCUCUGUAUUCCUCAUCCGCUCUCUUUUUUUCUUUCCUGUUAUUGUGUUCUCCUAUGUCGAACCCUAGUCUCUCGUGGCGUUGUUUCAUUUUGGUCUUGGUUCGUUGUUCCGGUACACUAGUAUGCAAAAUUCGCAUGACGGCUAAAGCUACCAGACCACAAGAAACCAUCAUCAUAAUGAUUUCCUUCCUCUCAUAACCCUGCAAUCAGAAACACAGAAUAUGUGAUUGAGAUUACACACUCAAUCUGCGUCUCAAUCUUUUUUUAACGGCUCCCCGAAACGCAAUUCCCGCUCCCAACACAACAACAACACGUUAAAAAAAGCACAGCAGAAGCCAUGGUUGCACGGGGCAACGCCGCGCGCAUCUGUGGAAGUUAGGAAGCUCGACAAAGACUGACCAAGGAGCCCAUGUAUAUUGUGAUGACAUGCAUCUGGCGUGCUUGGUGUUAACGACAGAUGGACAAAUAGAGAAAGGUUCUGUCGUGGGAUGGACACGAGGAUAGUUGUCGGGUUUGUGAAGAAAGAGAGUAUCCAUCGCAUCGCCAACCUUUUUUUUUGGACCUGGACUGUUCUUAUUCCCUCUUUUGACGUAUUAUCCUGUUUACUGCAGAAACCCAUUGAUGCGAAGUUGUUAUUCUUUCUAC